CGGAGAAACGCCUCGGAAGCAGGCCGCCUGAAUGCUCAGCCUCCUAUCCUCGUUGCUCGCCUGCGACCCGCCCGACUGCGACCGUGCGGACCACGGGACCUGCGGCAAUGCUUGCUGCAAGCUUUCCAUCCACUUGGACAAGGUCGUCACCACAACGAUUGCUGCAGCGCUGAACACCUCUCUGUCGGAGGGCGGGCCAGAUGGCCGGUUUCGCCUGAUGCCCACGCACGCCAAUCCGCACGGAUUUGCGGACCUGCGUCCGUACCACAUCUCGCGCAGCGGCGGGCGCGAGGUCCACUUCCUCGGCCAGGCGUGGCACGAGACCGAGAAGCACACCUACAACGACACCGUCAACCUGCUGGUGAUGAGCUUGGGAAAGGGCACGAUUCUGGAGGCCUUCUCCAUCAGUCAGGUGGGCGGCGCCUACGGCGACGACGGGCAAAACUUCAAGAACAUAGCCGUGCUAAUGAAGGGGCUGAAGAAGCUCGGGUACGGCGAGGCCGAGCUGAGCGCCAUCGUUUCCGAGGCGGAGCACGAGGGAUGCCCUCCGCCGGCAGGGGAGUCGGCACUCUGGGCGGCGGCUCCACGCAGCAGCGCGGGGGUCGUCUUGGGAGCCCUAGUCCCGUCCGUAUUCGCGCCCGCCGCCGGGCUCGUGCUGCUGGGGCUCUAUGCUGGAGCGCGGGCGGCGGCCAAGCGAGACGCGGCGCGCCAAGAGGGCGAGGCCGGCCUGCGGGCGGCCGGAGUGCCGAUGGCGAUGCGCUGAUGGACCUCUGAGGCUAAUUAGUUUUGAGAGGGAUGGGGGAGCGGUAACGUGAAUCACGUGUCGGGCUCGCCACCGGUGGGCCACCCCGGACUCGCGCGCGGGGCGGGCCGGGGAGCGAGAGCGAGAGGAAGAGAUCCCCCCGCCGCCGGCCGGUCCGGGAGACCGAGCAGGCCAGAGCAGUGGCGCGCCCUCUGUGUAGAUUCUAGUCGUGUAUGUGUGUGCCGCUUGUCAUGUUGUCUCACGGCAAACGGAGACAAGGACACGUGUACACCACCGCAUGCCUUACAUCAUGACCGGACUCUGCGCGCGAGGUACGCAGCGGAGCCUGCCCUGCGGGCCCUAUCACGGCGCGAGGUUGCGCCGCAGCUUGCAUCCCUCAGGCGGAUGCGGGCAAGCCGCGGGCGCGCAGCAGCGCGUUCCUCAGGCGCGAGUCGACGUCGCGCCUCGGCCGCUGCGCCGCGGACAUCGGCGCGCCCAGCGACGCGACUGAGUUGGUGAGCAGGUUGAGCACAAAGAAGGCGGCGAUCGGCGAGAUGUCGAGCCCUCCGAUCGCAGGAAUGACGCCGCGGAAGAGGUUGAGGUACACGUCCGAGAUGGUGAAGAUGGGACGGAGGAGCGAGACGCCCUGCGCCUGCGGCACCCACGAGAGCAGGAUGCGGAACGUGAUGAUGCCGCCGUACAGGCUCAGGAAGUUGAGGCCGCCGUCAACGAGAAGCUCGCCCGCGGCGCUGUCGCCGACGACGAGCGCGAGCGACGGGCUAGCGCGCAUGGACUGGCGCGGUAGGGUGAGCGGGUUGGCCAGCACGUUCAGGUGAGCCGACGCCAGCAGCGGCGCGGUGGCGAGCACCAGCAGAGAGAGGC